AUGACGCAACGCUUUCUAUUUCUUAUUUUUCUAACUUUAAUUAUCUUAAUUUGUAAGAUAAACUCUGAUGGUCAUUUUCAUGAACAUGAUCAUGGACAUGCUCACGACCAUGGACAUGCUCACGAUCAUGGACAUGCUCACGACCACGGACAUGCUCACGAUCAUGGUCAUGCUCAUGAAGAACCACCUUCAUUUAAAUAUUCUCGAGAAGCAAAUGAACUUCAUCAUGGACAUUCUCAUUCACAUAAUGAAGAAGCAGUAACUUAUCCUCCACCACAUUAUAAUGAAGGAAGUGAUGACGAUGAUGAUUAUGAGGAUAUAUCGGCACCAUUUUCUGUUAUGUCUUGGGCAAUUUUUUCAACAAUUGGAAUAAGUUUAGCACCUGUUGUUAUUUUAUUUUUUAUUCCUGUUAGUAAUAGUCCAACACAUCAAUCACUUUUAAAAAUUCUUUUAAGUUUUGCAUCUGGUGGUUUAUUAGGUGAUGCAUUUUUACAUUUAAUACCUCAUGCAAUGUCAUCUUAUGGUAGUAAUCAAAAUCAUGAACAUGGACAUUCUCAUUCUCAUGAACAUAGUCAAGCAGCUGAUUUUCGUGUUGGUUUAUAUAUUCUUUUAGGAAUAUUUCUUUUUCUUAUUACUGAAAAAUUUGUUCGACAUAUAAAAGGUCAUGGACAUUCCCAUAGUCAUGCUCAUGAACAAGCUGCACCUAUUAUAUCAGAACAUAAGGAUGAUGAUGGUGAUAAAGAUGAUAAUGAUGAUGAUGAUGACAAUGGUAAGAAAAAAGGAAAAAAAUCACCAAAAAAAGCCAAAACACAACCAGUAGUAGUACACAGUGAUAUGAAAAUAUCUGGUUAUUUAAAUUUGAUUGCUGAUGCUCUUCAUAAUUUUACUGAUGGAUUGGCUAUUGGUUCAUCAUAUUCACUUGGACGAAAACUUGGAUCAGUAACAACAUUUGCAAUAUUUCUUCAUGAAAUUCCACAUGAAAUUGGUGAUUAUGCUAUUUUAAUUCAAAAUGGAUGUAGUCGAAAAAAAGCAAUGCUUUUACAAUUAACAACAGCUAUUGGUGCUUUACUUGGUUGUUUAAUUGGUCUUUUAUUUCAUUCAGCUGGUGCGCAAAUAUGGGCAGCACAAACAUUUCUUCCAAUAACAGCUGGCGGUUUUAUUUAUAUAGCAACUGUUAGUGUUAUACCAGAAUUAUUAGCAACAAAUACUGGAUUUAAACAAUCAGUAUUAGAAAUGAUUGCAUUAAUUAUUGGUGUGGCUUUUAUGGUUUUUGUCUCACUUUUUGAGUGA